CCGACUGCGCGGCUUUUCUGAGCGUUACGGCGCCCUCCUCCUGCCCCCAGCGCGGCGCAGGCGGGGACCCACCGGUUUCGCUCUGUUCGCAGCAGAGAAGGGAGGACCCUAGGGAACUGGACCUCUGCGUCUGGUCGCCCAGCCUUGCUGUGGCUUGGGCCCACAUGGAGGGGACCGCGGAGUCCCAGGCGCCUGACUUGCGAGACGUGGAGGGCAAGGUGGGCAGGAAGACCCCCGAAGGGCUGCUCCGCGGGCUUCGAGGCGAGUGGGAGAUGGGGACCUCUGGGGACCUGCUGCUCCCGGGGGCGCCCAGCACCGGCCACGGCCUGGGGGACAAGAUUAUGGAGCUGAAGAUGGAGCUGGCUUACCUUCGAGCUAUUGAUGUGAAGAUCCUGCAGCAGCUGGUGACCUUGAAUGAGGGUAUUGAGGCAGUUCGUUGGCUGCUGGAGGAGCGGGGAACACUGACCAGCCAUUGUAGCAGCCUCACCAGCAGUCAAUAUAGCCUGACAGGUGGAAGCCCAGGCCGCUCAAGGCGGGGAAGCUGGGACAGCCUGCCAGAUACCAGCUCAACCGACCGGCUAGACAGUGUCUCUAUCGGCAGUUUCUUGGACACUGUGGCUCCCAGAGAGCUGGAUGAACAAGGACCCCCUGGGCUUUCCUGUCCUGAGAUUGACUGGGCAAAGGUUAUACCCAGUGAAGAUAGGGCCAGGACUGAGGUGGACAUGACAUCCACCACGCUAGGGAGCUUAACAGCGACAUGGAGUCUCCCAGGAGCUGGGCUUCAAGGUGGACCACCUGAGCUAUCAGAGGAUGGCAAUGCCAAGCAGGGCGUUGAGGCUCAUUGGUACUGGGGACAGUGCCAGGAUGAUGUGACCUUCUUGUAAAAGCCUUUUUACCUUUU